CGACAGGACUUCACCAUGCCAUCGUUCUCCAGGAACCUCGACGCGUGCCUUGCCGUCGGUGAGGGUGGCGCGCAGGGGCUCCUCGACGGCUUCCCCGUCGCGCGGGCGGUCCGUGACACCCUCGCCGCGCUGGCUGGCACCUUGGAGUCCACGCUGCAGCGCUGGACCACGGGCUUCGAGACGGCGAUGUCCGACGUCGACGCCUGGCAGCCAGCCUGGAAGCCUGUGGCCGCCCAGCUGCUCAGCUCGCCGCCCCACCCCAUGGCGAAACAGUUGGUGGCCAACAAGCAGUUGAAGAGCUUGGCCGAGAUGUGCGGCGACGUCGACAGGCGCCUCGCGAUGAUCCGCAAGCACCCUGGCGUCUUCCCCGCGGAGUUCACCUCGAAGCUGGAGACGGUGAACCGCGCGGGGAUGGUGACGAUCUCCCUCGCCUACGUCAUUUUCUCCAUGAAAUGGGCGUUCCCCUUGCUGAAGGGGCCGAAGAAACUCAAGGCUCCCGACGGCGACGUCGACGACGUUGAGGCGGCGGCCGAGAAGCUCAGGGCGGAGCUCCAGCAGAAAGGAGUGUGGGCGGAGCUGCCGGCGUGCGUCGCCGCAUCCCUGGACGCUGGAGGGCAGGUCCUCGAGGUGGCCCCUGACGAGGCGGCCCCGGCCGCCUUUGGCUGCGCUCCCGCGGCGUCGUCCUCCGCCAGCGGCUCCAAGGGGCCCGCGUAGGGGCUCCAGGGAGCGUCGCUGUGCGAUGGCAGUCUCGCC